AUGGUGGCCACCAGGAAGUGCGUGGCCAGCGCCGACGGAAGCAGUGCCACCACGCAGCGUAGGUCUCCGGCUGCAUCUCGACACCCGCCACACCUAAAUGCGGCAAUCUCUAGCGCAGCUCCUUCGCCGCGCCUCCUCUCUGUCGCCCCCGCCGCACCUAAGCGCGGCCAUCUCCAUCACAGCUCCUUCGCCGGGCCUCCUCUCCGCCUGCCCCCGCCGCACCUAGGCCCGGCCGCCUCCAUCACAACUCCUUCGUCCACGCCUCCUCUCCGUCGCCACCGCUGCAACCGGCGGUUCCUCUCCACGCUAGCGCUCGGGCUCUCCAUCCGGGAUCCGUCGGAGCACAACCAGGGGGCCUCCUCAGCCUCCUCUCCCAUGGCCGCAAGCCGCAACGCCUCGAGGAUGGCGCAGCCCGCCUCGUCUCCGCCGCAGGACACCCCUGAUGUUGGGUCCGGUGGAGCUGCUAGACGGCGUUCUUCCAGCUCCUCGUCUCCGUCGUCCCCUAGCUCCUUCUCGACGUCGCCGGCGCAAGACAGUUCUCCGCGAGGCGAGUGUGUGGGAUGCGAGUGA